GCUUAAUUCUUUCACUGUGGACCCUCCCUCUUGCAUAAACUAUUCCAAAAUGAGGACACAAUUCUAAAGUGAAGUCCGCCGUGCCAAUCCCAUCUUCCUUUGGUGGCCAAGUUUGGAUUUUUCUGACCUCGUUUCCAAAAUCAGUACCAGCAAAAUUGCUGUGACGACUUGACCCGGGCCUACCAAAGCAACAACUCUUUUUGACACACCAAAGUUGUACGUGUUUUACUUUAUCAUCUCACCCUUGUGGAUAGUGGUGGUGGUAGCAACUAAGCAUGAAAAAACAACUCAGUGAUAGUGCUCCAUAAAAUCUAAAAUAAUGUACGCAGGUAAGUUUUCUUCUGGAUGAAGAUAUUCAAGCAAGACAUUCCGAGUCCGCCUUUGGUUUUGACAAGGACUGUUUUGUUCUCUCUCGUCCUCGGCUUUUCCUGCCCUUUAUCCCUCCCAAAGCUUGUUUAAUAUGCAUACAUCAAGAAAAAGAGAAUCUCUCCUACCAAAAAGAUUGUAGAGCGAGAACUUCAGGCGCUGCAUCAAAUCUUGUUAGUGUUAGGAGGGAAAUCCUAGUGUCAUGGAAAAGCAUCAGCACCAAAAUUACACAGAAAACGAUGUGGAAAAGAUAAUUGAAGGCCAAUCAGCAAAGCAAUCAUCAUCUACAGAGUCCCCUGCUCCAGCAUCCUCCUCUCCUUCUCACGAAUUCUCUUUCUCUGUUUCUCUAUACUCUCUUCCUCAACAACAAACCCUACUAGUACACAAAUCUACGGCUUCACCUAAUUCACUUGCGCUUGAUUUAUCUCCUGCGGAUGACAUUUUCUUCCAUGGCCACUUGCUUCCUCUUCACUUCCUCUCCCACCUCCCUGCUUCUCCUGGCUCUUCCACCAAUUCCAUGGACAGUUUCACCCUUCCCACCACAGACUCAAUACAAGAUGAAACACCCAUCAAGGAAGAUCUCUAUGGAAGCAGCAUGGCCAUGGACAAAAAUGAAAGAACAAAGGAAGAAGAAGAAGGAAGAUGCAAGUCCAAGUCUUUUUCAUUAUUCCGGUUAAGAGGACGAAAAGGGUGCGAGGUUAGAGAUAGGGAAGACACGGAGAAGCAGAAGAAGAAACAGAGGUUUCAGGUCAUCCAUGCGUUGAAGAAGUACUUAAGAAUGGUGCAACCACUAAUGUCGAAUUUUACAGGGAGAAGACAGAGAAUCGGAGUCCGUGGACAGAGUUAUUCUUAUUCAGAGAAUUUGAGUGUCAGAAAUAAGUCAGAUUUGAGAGGAAGGAGAGGAGAAUAUUCAGCACCAGCAUCAAUAAGAACAUCUCCAACUAAUAGUGGCCUUCUCCUUCCUACUAUGACUCUCCCUCCUGCUAAUGAUAGUACCAUGGAGGAGUUGCAGGCUGCCAUUCAAGCGGCAAUUGCUCACUGCAAAAACUCAAUCGCAAAAGAAGAGAAACUCAAAUGCUGAGGGAGGAAGAUACAAGAGAAAGUUUUUCGUACUUGUAUUUACUUUUCAAUUAUUGCUUCCACAUCUUCAUGAUCAGUUAAUAAUCAGGGACAGAUAAUUUGUUCUGUUGGAUUCUUGUCCUGGAUCACCAACUGGGGUACUUGGAUGACAAAGAGCUAUGAUUUGAUUCCAAAGUAGUAGUUUUUUUUUUGGUCACGGAUUCUAAUUUCUAAUGAUGUAGUCAUGUAAUUAAGGAAUUGCCAUUCAAUCUGCACAAAUUUACUUUCUUUAACAGUACACGGUUUGCUAUUUUUACCUCUUAUCGUACUGAUACGAGGAAAUUCCGACAAAAUUACAUAUGGCAGACACGCGCGUCAGGAAUUUGUAACUCUGAGGCCCAAGAUGGCUCUGAUAUUCCCCUGCACAUUGUACAAUUUGUGAGCAAUGCUAAUUGUUUUAAUUUUAUU